UCUCCCGAUCCCGGCGAAACGGAAGCCAAGUCAGUGCACGUGGCCGGGCGGGGAGGAGCGACCAGCGGAGCCGCCGGUAGCUGGAGCAUGGCGCCCCCGUCCCCGGUCGCCAACCCCAGGGUUUUCUUCGAUGUGGACGUCGGAGGCGAACGAGUUGGUCGAAUUGUCUUAGAAUUGUUUGCAGAUGUUGUGCCCAAAACUGCUGAAAAUUUUCGUGCACUAUGUACAGGAGAAAAAGGGAUAGGGCCUACAACUGGAAAGCCUCUUCAUUAUAAAGGAUGCCCUUUCCAUAGAAUUAUUAAGAAAUUCAUGAUCCAGGGUGGAGACUUCUCAAAUCAAAAUGGCACAGGUGGAGAAAGUAUAUAUGGAGAAAAAUUUGAAGAUGAAAACUUUCAUUAUAAGCAUGAUCGGGCAGGGCUGCUGAGCAUGGCAAAUGCAGGACCCAAUACAAAUGGCUCUCAGUUCUUUAUCACAACAGUGCCAACCCCUCACCUGGAUGGGAAACAUGUGGUGUUUGGCCAAGUGAUCAAAGGAAUGGGUGUUGCUAAAAUACUAGAAAAUGUUGACGUGAAUGGAGAAAAACCUGCAAAGUUGUGCAUUAUUGCAGAAUGUGGAGAGCUGAAGGAAGGCGAUAACUGGGGAAUCUCCCCAAUGGAUGGCUCUGGUGAUACUCACCCAGAUUUCCCUGAAGAUUCAGAUGUAGAUUUAAAAGAUAUUGACAAGAUUGUUUCCAUAGCAGAAGAUAUAAAGAAUAUAGGAAAUACUUUCUUCAAAACACAGAACUGGGCAAUGGCAACUAAAAAGUACACUAAAGGCUUAAGGUAUGUGGAGGCUUCUAAAGCCAUAGUGGAGGAAUCAAAUACAGCAAAGUUUAAUCCUACUGCCUUGAUCUGCUUUUUAAAUAUUGCUGCUUGUAAACUGAAGGUGUCAGACUGGCAGGGAGCUAUUGAAAGUUGUUGUGAGGCGCUUGCCAUAGAUCCAGCAAACACCAAAGCACUUUACAGACGGGCUCAAGGCUGGCAGGGAAUAAGAGAUUUUGAUCAGGCACUGGCUGAUCUUAAGAAGGCUCAAGAGAUAACACCUGAAGAUAAAGAGCAUCCACCAUCAUAAUAUAUUCAUUCUGUAAUAUGAAUGACCUCGCUGUCGGCAGAACCCUAUUUGAACAUCAUAAAAUUCACAAGCUGACAUGGUGUUCUCCAAAUGGCAGAGAUAAGAACAAGAUUGACCAUAUCAUGAUCAGUGGCAAAUGGUGACGCUCACUGACAGAUGAGAAAGUGAGAAGGGGUGCAGAUGUCACCACCUUGUGACAGCCUCCAUUAAGCUAAAACUGAGAAGUGUGGGUCCACCAAACAAGGGACAUAGACGUUAUGAUAUUGACAAGCUAAAGUCCCUUGCAAUACAGAAAGCCUUCGUUCUGCAGUGAAAGAACAGGUUUCAAGCACUUGCAGACCUUGAUGAAGAGGGGGGGAAUGCAGAUGAGGAGAUCAACAAGAAGUGGGACAAAGUAACAGCAAUUUAUAAACAGAACAGUGAAGCCUGUCUAGGCUACAGGAAGAAGAGACGGAAGGAUUGAAUUGUACCCAGCACAUGGAAUGCCACAGAAACCAGACAAGUCCUGAAGAAAAAAGUUUUAGACACAAAAUCCCAGAAGCUAAAGGACAAAUACCACGAGCAGUAUAGCAAGGGUCAAAUGCUUUGUGAGAGCAGACAAAUGGCAUUGAUAAUCUGGCAACACAAGCAUAGGAUGCAGCUGCUUGUGAUGAACCAGGAACUGUCUACAAAAUGACACAGCUUAUCUGUGGUAAACGGCAGACACCAACAAGCACUCAUCAAGAACAAACAAGGACACCUACUAACAACCGAAAAAGAACAAGAAAUCCGCUGGACAGUGUGUAUGGUAACACCCAUUGUUUCAUGUUCUCUGUGUAUAUAAAUCUCCCCAUUGUAUUUUCCACUGAAUGCAUCCGAUGAAGUGA